GGGAGAAGAAAAAAAAUUCAACGGCCGUCCGGUUACUGUCUUGCUCCGUUCCGACGAUCUAUCUUCCCCGAGUAGAUCUGUGAUUCGUUUAUCGGCGAUUACUUGAUUUUGUGAAACAAUGGCUGCUCCUCCUGCUAGAGCUCGUGCUGAUUACGAUUACCUCAUUAAACUUCUGCUGAUCGGAGACAGCGGUGUUGGUAAGAGUUGCCUCCUUUUACGUUUCUCAGAUGGCUCGUUUACCACCAGUUUCAUUACAACUAUUGGGAUUGAUUUUAAGAUAAGGACUAUAGAGCUCGAUGGGAAGAGAAUUAAGCUGCAAAUCUGGGAUACUGCAGGACAGGAGCGGUUCCGCACAAUCACAACUGCGUACUACCGUGGAGCCAUGGGAAUUUUGCUUGUGUAUGAUGUGACCGAUGAAUCAUCUUUCAACAACAUCAGGAAUUGGAUCCGUAACAUUGAGCAGCAUGCUUCUGAUAGUGUCAACAAGAUUCUAGUUGGGAACAAAGCAGAUAUGGAUGAAAGCAAAAGAGCUGUGCCAAAAUCUAAGGGCCAAGCUCUUGCAGAUGAAUAUGGAAUGAAGUUUUUCGAGACUAGUGCCAAGACUAACUUAAACGUUGAGGAAGUUUUCUUCUCUAUUGCUAAAGACAUUAAGCAAAGACUUGCAGAUACCGAUGCACGAGCUGAGCCGCAAACGAUCAAAAUCAACCAAACCGACCAAGGUGCAGGGACGUCUCAAGCUACUCAGAAAUCAGCUUGUUGUGGCACAUAAAAUUGGGUCCACAACACCCGUCAAAGGAGAGAAUCCAGCUAGUGACAGAGACAUGGUAUUUGGAAAGAAAAAAAUGAAAAAGGAAAUCAAUCUUCUUUUGCUUU